AUGGCGAAGAUCAAUGCGAUAUGCCACAAUGUUAUGGAGAACGAAGUCCUUCGUCGCUCUUCACAGGUUCUUUCGGUUAUUGGUGAUAGAGCGUACGUUUUCGGCGGGGAGCUGCGACCGCGUGAGCCUCGAGACAACGAUGUCCAUGUUGUUUCGCUGGGUAGCGGGAAUACCACGAUCACUUCCGAGCCCGCAACGUCUACCUCUCCCUCUCCACGGGUUGGAACCGCCGCUUGUACACUAAACGGGAAAAUCUAUAUCUUCUCUGGGCGCGGUGGAGUCGCCAUGGCACCGAUUGAAGAGCAGGGCGCUGUCUGGGAAUUUGACCCGGCGACAGCGAAGUGGUCAUUGAUUUUGCCAGCGGACACGAGCGCGAAAACCCCGGUCGCUCGCAGCUACCACUGCACAGCUAGUGAUGGGGAAGACACCCUGUACCUCCAUGCGGGUUGCCCCGAAAAGGGAAGAUUGUCGGAUCUGUGGGCGUUCAGCCUUUCCCGGAGAGUCUGGACUGAGCUUAGCCCGGCAUCUGAUCCUCCACGUGGAGGUGCCUCGAUCGCCUUCGCGGAUGGCAGAUUGUAUCGAAUGAAUGGGUUCGAUGGAAAUACUGAACAGGGAGGAAGUUUGGAUAUUUACUCCCUCGAAACGGCUUCUUGGACUUCGCAUGUUUAUUCCCCAGAUGGCAAAGCAGGUCCGGCAGCACGAAGUGUGAGUUGCUUGCUGCCGCUUCGUCUAAAUGACCGCCCAUUCCUCGUUACCUUAUUUGGGGAGCACGAUCCUAGUUCAUUGGGCCACCAAGGAGCCGGAAAGAUGUUGAGUGACAUCUGGGCAUUUGACAUGGAGCGUCAGGGAUGGGAAGAGGUUGCUGUUCAUGGAGAUCGGCCUCUCGCACGGGGCUGGUUUGAUGCAGAUGUCAUUGGAAAUACCAUCGUGGUUCAUGGCGGGUUGGGGGAAUCCAAUGACCGGUUGGGAGACGUGUGGACUAUUGAGCUCUCUGGGUAA